AUGGGAGACUUGCAAAAGAAACUGCAGGAUCUUUCGGACAGCUAUCAGACGCUGCAAACAGAAUUGUCUACCGCAGUAGAAUCACGUCAGAGGCUCGAGUCGCAACAACAAGAAAAUGCCACAGUGAAAAAGGUAACAUUAAAAUUGCAUUUUUCAACAGAACCUUACUCAUAUAUUGCCAUUCAGGAAUUCGAUAUUCUCGACGAUGAUGCCAACAUUUACAAGCAAAUUGGACCUGUACUUCUGAAGCAGGACAAGGCAGAGGCGGUCAUGGCAGUCAAUGGACGUCUUGAAUUCAUUGAGAAGCAAAUCCAGGAUGUCGAAAAGAAAAUCAAGGGGAUCCAAGAUAAAGCCGAGAAUAUCAAAACAGAGAUCGUCCAAUUGCAACAGUCGGCACAACAGGCGCAACAGGCGCAGCAAGCAGUGAAAGCAUCGUGA